GACCACGUAAAUGAACCAUUUUCGUAUUAUCCUAUAAAGAAAUUUAGAAGGAGGAAGUCUGAAAGACCAGGCACAAUUGAUCUUUCAAACCAGGAUCUAAAAAAUUCUUAUAGUGUAAAUUAUAUAUGGGAAAGAGAUGUGAAUCUUGAAUGGUCUAAAAGAAUAAUUCUUACAGAUAUUCGAUUUGGGGUUGAUAUGGGCACUAAUGCAAAUUACAUUAGUAGAAAAAAUGUGAAAAUAGUAUACACAAAAGAUGAUAGUAUUCCUAGAAGUCAAAAAAGACCUAGCAAAGAUACUACUAAACAUAAAUCAUCCAGUAAAAAAUCAAAACAGAAUAAGGAAAAAGGCGACAAGAAAAAUUCUAAUACUAUAAAAAAACUUAUUACAGAAUUAAAAUCUAACACCUCUGAACAAAAUAAAAUAACUUCUUACCAAGUAAUAGUUACCGAAGAUGACCCACAGCCUAUCGAUUUUCUAAAUUUAUAUACUAAAAUUACCUCUGCUAAAAGUGAAAAUCAAAAACAAAGUCAAAAAGUAAUUUUUCAAUACUAUAACUUCAGGAUGGCCAUAGCGAAAUGCUUUAAGUUUUAUUAUGAAAAAUCUUAUAAUAUAAAUGAUGCUAAUAGUGAUAUAAACAAAGAAAUUAAAAAACAACUUCCCGAUGGUACUCCUGAAACUACUAUUCGAAAAAGAAAAGAAAGAGCCCAAAAGAUUUUUCACCUAUUUAGUAAGUGGUGUGAACGGAGACUUUCUGGGUCGCCGGUCAUUCAAGGCUUUUCACUGAGCCACGAAACUAGUGUUGGCGCACAGUUAACUUAUCUGAUGCAAAAGGCUUUUCGCCGAUCUAGCACUAAACCCACUGGAACACAAGUGGCUUUUUGGGUUGCGAUGUGUUUCGGUAAACAUCCACAAGAAAAUAAUCAAAAAUGGAAAUAUGAUCAGUGUGGUCAGGAAUGUCAGCAAUUCCAAAGUUUCAGUUGCAAAGCCAUCUUUGAAGAAGAGGGAUCAGGAAGGAAAGCAGAAAACAUAGAUGAUGGUGAGGUAGAUCCAGAUUAUAAUGAGGAUGAUUAUAGUAACUACGAUAUUGAUCCAAAUAUUGAGUUAUCGGAGGAACAGAUACCGGUUCAAAGUUACUUAAAAUAUCCUGAUAAAAAUAGUCCAGAUGACUUUUGGGUGUUGCCUUCUGGAAAAUCUAUUGACAUAAUAAUUCCCCUUGUAAUUUGUACACUUGUAUGUAGCCCGUCGUAUUUAGGAAUCAUACGCAUUGGAUCAAAAAUCAGGAAGCCAGAAUGGAUUGAGCAAAAGGAUUGGGAUUAUUUAAAUUCAAAUGUCGAUUAUCCGCAUUAUGAUUUAUCAACUAAGAUCGAAGAUCUUUUCAUAUUCCCUGAUGAGAGAGGACUUGAGAUUGGCAUGGUUAAAUUAUCUGGUAGCUAUUUAACCAAUGAUCUGCCUCACUAUUUAAAAGAUCACGUAAAGGGGUAUUGGGGAUGCCGUGAUCUCCUUAAUGAUAGAGGCUUAGAUGAUACUCUCAAAGUACUUGAGGAAUUCAAAAGGCCACAUCGUCGAAAUACACUUUUACGCUUUCAAUCUAUAGCAUUAAAAAAUUAUAUUGGUGAUACUAAGAGUUCGCCACAAAAACCUACGGGAAAAAAAUCACGUAUCAUAAAUCCAGCUAUUACUAAUAAACGGAAAGCAUCUACAAAAGAUAUUUCACCGCUAACCGAGAGCCAUUCUCCAGAAAUAGAACAUAGCUCGACCCAAUCUGAAGAGACAAAGUUUCGGCGUGAGCCAGAGCCUGAAACAUCUACAACCUCUUUACCACAAAAUAUUAUUGAUGACGAUUCAGUUGAGAUUCUAGAUUUUCCAGGGCAAAUUGCACAAGAAAAAGAAACAGAGAAUAUCACUCAAGUGAUAGCUGAUGCCAUUCAGGAUACACUUGUGUACGGUUCCGCUGAUAAUAUUGAUAAUAUUCUUUCGGAUUCAAAUCAUGUGAUUGAAAUUUCAGCGACGUCCCUUCGCCAAAAUUCAUCUACAGUCUUGUUACUUGAUUUAGCACAAUUAUUUGAUAAGGCAACCGAUGCUGAACAUUAUACUAUGAAAGCUAACCAGGAAGAAACCUUAUGCUGGAUUACUUACGGGAAAGAAUUUGUAAUUCAGUACAACGAUCUUAUGAAAAAUAGUAAUAGAAAAAUCGGUAAGAAAAAAGCUAAAGAAUUUGAUGGCUUUUCAGAUUCUAACUCGGAAUCCUCUGAUAAUGAAGACGAGGAUGAUGAUUUAG